AUGCCUGGGAGCGAGGAAUUCACUCUCAUUCUUUGGAUUAAUUUCACCUUCUGUUAUUGUAUUCAAGUAGCUCAUGGAAGCUCCGUUGAGACCGUUCAUAGCGUCGACCCAGUCGAGAGACUUGGUCAAGUCGCGAACAUGGCGAACAUGAAGGCGAGCUUCUCGAAUCGUGUAAGGCUCUUCGACAACUUUGAGGAGUACGUUGUCGGUAAGACCUUCAAUGGAGCGAAGUUCAGCAAAGUGAUCGAGUGGAACUCCGUUAAACUGAAGACUGAAGCACGUUCUCUGGCAACAAUCUUCCCGAUCGGUGAUGUAGCCGCGAAGAUCAUUCACCAGUUCUCCGAGACUCAACUGAAGCUCGAAAACCUUAGAGCCAGGAACAUCGAUUUUGACUGUCACAUUCGCAUCAGCGAUUUUCUCCUCGGCGAUAAUAUCGUCAUGUGA